AAGUUGGUGUGUCAGAUUCAGGGCCUUGGUUUGGAAGCUGACGCCUGACGUAUCCGAAACCAGCCGCAAAGGUAACGCUGCACGCAAAAGAGAAGCACACAGAAUGUGUGUUUUGCUUUUGCCGUGAAAAUACUGUUUGUAAUUCACCAUUGGCAUUGCAGGUGGAGUUUUUUUCAGUGUCCAUAAUUUUGACCUGGCAUCAGUCUCUUUCUGCCUUCAUUACGCAGAAAUUUGAGGUAUUGCAGUAGGAAGAGCAAUCACACAGUAUUAUAGAUGGGCCGUAACGCUAAAGCUUGCGCAGAGUGCGCUCAGAAAUGCCAACUCAUUCACGGGAACAAGAUAAGCUCAUCACCUCCAGUUCCCUCUUUUUUCAAAGUCAUGAUAGGAGAUCGGUAUUCUGAAGUUCUGUUCUUGCCUCCUGAAUUUGGUCCUAAAGUUUCACGAUUGAUUGGUCAAAAUGUCCUUCUUGAGGAUUCAAGUGGGCAGAGAUGGGAAGUAACAGUGUCCAAUCUGAGUGGUUCUUUUGCCUUUCAACAAGGAUGGAAUGAAUUUUCAUUGCACCAUGGUCUAGAUUUUGGAGAUUUUGUUGUAUUCCAUUACAUCAUAGGAUCGCACUUUGUUGUAGAAAUCUACACUAAAACUGGAUGCGAGAAGUUAGAUUUUCCUGACAGGAAUCAGAGGAAAAGAUCUAGGACUUCUAGGAAUUAUGCUUUCAGAGAUGGUCAUUGCUACCCAACCGACAAGGGUUCAAUGAACAAACAGAGUUCUAGCUCCUCUGUUAUUUUUGUGUCUGAUGAACAUAUUAGUCAAAGCCAACGUGAGGAGAAUGAUUUGGAAAAGGCAAUUACCAAAUUUAUUUCGGAUGGUGACAACCGUAAAGAAAGGCCUCAACUUCAAUUGAAAACAGAAUACCUUGAAGAACCAUAUUACUUAAUUAAUAGAGAUUUGAGAGACAUACAAGGAGAAGAUAGAUGCCCCAUAUUUGACCUGUCGUGCUUUGAGAUGUUGGGAAACAACUGUGGUGCUGAUCAAGGCAGCAAAAUCCCAAAUGGAGAUGAAAAACAUCCUAGUUGUUCUGAUGUAUCAUUCAAAUCUAAAAUUGAAGAUGUCUUUGUUCAAAAUGAUGUAGUAGACAAAAUAGUUGUGGACAGGGUUGUGGCUUCUGAAGCAACUGACUUUGAUACGAUGGAGAAAAAUAAUGAUUUUCAAAAGAUGGACAAAAAAGAAACUGUUUGUGAAAAUUUUUCUUGCAACAGUAAGAUAUCUGAGCAUCUCGUGUCUACAAUUUUUGUUGAACCCAAAAAAAAUGCAGGGAACAGCUCUCACCGUUCAAAGAGACUGUUCAAAAGAUGUCGCAUUGCUGAGGAAGGGAGCAAAGCACAAUCCAAAUCACAGUCGGAAAUUGGUCAGAUAAUUGUAUCCCAAAAGGAUCAUACUCCCCUCGGUAACAGUAAUCAAAGUGGCAAAUUGAAUUUUGCUGGAAAUUUCAAGGAGUCCAAUAUUCCAUAUUCCACCAGAAGUCAGAAUUGGCAAUCGGGGAAGUUGUCACAGGUCGUCAAGGUGGAUAAUUGCCAGAGUUCUGAUGCCAUAGUAAAAGAAAAUGCAAUUCAACUGCUAAAAACAGAAACCUUGGAUUUGGUACCUUUUUCUUCACCACUUGCAAUGAGUGUCUCUUGUGAAGUAGCAUCAGUCAAUCAACCUUUUCUUGAGUUGCCAACAUGCUUGCCAACACCUUUAAUGUCAAAAAUUGAAAAGGAAGGGAAGGUGGUGGUUCUCCGGGAUCCAGCCGCGAGAUUGUGGCCAGUUCUCUACCAAGAAAUAUGUGAGUUUAAUAUUCUGUCUGGUGGCUGGGAAAAUUUUUGUAGGGCAAAUAAUAUUAAAGCUGGAGAUGAGUGUGUUUUCAAACUUGAAAACUGGGAUGAGGGCAUAUAUGGGGUCAAUAUUUUCAGAAAGUAAAAUGAGGAUUCCUGUUUUCAAGUGGAUGUUUUGAGUCACAGAUCUGUUUUCCGUAUAAGAUAUGAAAAUUGUAAAAUCAGUAUGCUUGGGAGGCUACAGCACUGCACUGGUAUAUGCAAAAUUGGAUGGAAGGUCCCAUUCUGUAAUGUGUUAUCAACUGGCGUUCAACAUUUUCAGUUGUACUGUGAUAUGACUUAUUGUAGAAUUCUUACGGUUGAUCAAUAACAAACAAUUAAAAGCAUAUUUUGUCAAAAA